CUGUACCGUUUGGUUCCAAAGUACUGGCGAUUUCAAAGAUCUUUCGAAGUCAAUCAGCUGACAGCGGUUCCUCGGAACGAUUUUCAGCUCAAGUCCCAAAAUGACCUCGAGCAGGACCAUGAGCCAACUUUCGACAGAAGACGUCAACGAAGAAACUCAAAAACGUUCUGAAGAAGACAUUUGCAAUAUUUACCCAGUGAUUGUAUUACCCCGGAUACGCAGCGGACGGGUUACCUGGUUUGCUGCAUAUCAGCUUCGCAUGGUGGCAAUACUACAGAAACAUUCGAGAAAUAGCACGCCGAGCUCAAGGUUUCCUCGCGCGGUUUGGCCAUUCUUGUUUUGCGUGGUUAUAGGUCUAAUGCUUUUGACAACGCAAUGGUGGCUAUUACUCUCGCCCGUUGAUAGCAGUCUGUCGGAGUAUAGGGCUUACCUAUCUACAAAGGAAUAUCUUCGACCCACAAGCGCUUACUUGUCAGCCGUCCGUGAAAGCCCCGAUAUCCUGUAUUUUACAAGUCGCCCUCCUGAUCCUAUACCCUUGUUUUCGGUCGAAUCGAUUCCCAUCCUGCAACGUCAUGCCUGUAUUGCCAAAAUACGUGAACAGCAUGAUAAGGUAUAUGCCUCGUUCGAACGGAUAGGAAUGAGUGAUCGAGCAUUGUUGGUAGAUCCUGCCUAUCACAGCAAUGUGGGAGAUCAUAUGAUCACGCUGGGGGAACUGGAAAUGCUGAGGAAAUUAGGAUACGGUACGCUUGAUGAACCUAGCGCAAAGGUGGCGCAAUGCAGCUUCUUACAGGCUGGGAACUACGCGCCUCCCUGCCAUCAUUUCAGCACUGGAGGGGCGCUUUCCAACAUCAUAUCCAUAUCAAACCCACCGCUGGCUUUUUGGCAUGGAGGAGGUAACUGGGGAGAUAUGUGGCCCGAUAUACAAAUUGCCAGGAUGAAAUCCAUGGAACCAUUGCUUAGGAGCAAUUACACGAUCAUUUCCAUGCCACAAAGUUUGUACUUCCAAAAGUCGAGCAGAGAGCAAGAAUUCACCUCUAUACUGAAGAAGCACAUUGAGCUUGGUUUGGGAGCUAGUUCUACGUUGGUGGACCCGCGCGAGGGUCGUAGGCAGACCGCUUCGCGGGUUGUGCUUUCGUGGCGUGAGCACGAAAGCUACGACAUAGCCCAACGGCUGUACCCCUUCGCCACCCACAUUCUAGUGCCUGAUAUUGCGUUCCAGCUCGGACCGUACUCGCCGGUAGCAUCGCAAGAAGACUUUUUAAAGGUUGAUUUGGUCUUGCUCCUUCGAGAUGAUCGCGAGUCCAUGUACGCCACUCAACGCAAUCGGCGAGCCGUUCGUGAUAUUCUGUCUGACCUACCGAACGGUCAGAGGCUAUCGUUUUCUAUUGUGGACUGGACAGACCGCUCGGACCGAUUUGCCUCUAAAGACAUCCUUUUCACGAGUUCCGCCAUUCAACUUUUGAGUAUGGGGAAAGUGGUCGUGUGCGACCGACUUCACGCGGCGAUUCUAUCAUACUUGUCCGGAAUUCCGUUCGUCUACCUUGAACAGCGGACGGGGAAAAUUACGAAAACUCUUCAGGUUGCGUUUGAGCUGAACGAGACUUGCUUGGAUGGAUCGAAAGCCAUGUGGUCUCAAGCGUACAAUCUGAGUGAUGCCGUUCGCCAAGGUGUAGAGUUCCUUGAUCGCUAUAGGCUUUAA